UGCGACAAGGAACGUGGAACACCACGGUGGCGGAAGCGGCAAGUCUCAACGGUCAUCAGCCCUCUGAGAGGCGGGGGUGAACGCGCGUUUUUAUUGUUACCUUUUCCCUUUGGCAGCCAAUCAGGCAGGUAGCCGCAGCGGUCCCUGUCACUGGCGGCAAUUUGAGGAGUAAAGAGCGGAAAGGCAAGGGUCGAGGCGGCGGCAGUUCACAGCGGGGAAGAAGAAGGGAUGGCGGACAACGACCCUCAGAGCGCCGGGGAACUCUCUCAGUUCGUGAGUGCGGGAAGGGCAACAGGGACGCUCGCGGCACUUAUCUGGGGCUUCGUUGUGGGUUUGGUUUUGUGAACUGCGCAUGUUAUGACGAGGACGCUUCACAAAGCGCGCUGGAGUUGGACGGUCCGCGGAGCAUCUGAAGACGGCACCUCACCCACGAACUGUAAUAUAUUUCAUGUACAGUACUGUAGUCGGAGCCUGAAAGCAGCAGAAAAUCUAUUACAACAGUUGCAGGAAAACUUUCAAGCACUGACGGAUAAAUUAACUCUAAGAAUGGAUGAAAUGGGUGAACGCAUAGAUGAUCUAGAGAAGCAUGUUACUGGGCUAAUAGUACAAGCUGGGAUAGACCACACCAGUGAAGAACUAACGCACUGAAGAUGAAAGUGAAGAGAAAAAAAAGCCUACAGUACUUGGAGCCAUGAAGACUACAAAGAAGGUUAUAGUUCUAUAAGAUUUCAUUUGUAAAAAAAACUUGUGCCACUCACUUACUGAUGUACUCUAUCUUCAUAUGCCAUAUCAGUGGCUAUAGUGGUGGGGAGAAUCUAGUGGAACAUGUAAAAUCGCUUGUAUUCAUUAUAUCUCUAAUGAAGGUAACGUUCUUAAACAGUUUUGCAUUAGAGUCAAAGGAGGGUAUCCAACAUUAGUCAUGCUGAAGAGUAGAUUCAUUGAAAUCAACAGACCUAGGGCUACCAUGAGUGUGACUAACACUGGAAUCAUCCAAACAACUUACCAUAACAAUGAAUGCCAUGUUGAUUCAUAUAUUUUUCAUAAUAUGAACACACUGGAUACAAAUUUCCACACAAUUUUUAUCCAUGAAUAAUUAUAUUUUCUUAUUGAUACGUCAUACAUGGAUAAAGGCUAUGAACACCAAAUAAGACCAUAUUAAGAAUAACACAAUUAGGAAAAAGUUUGUAAGUUUGCCCUCCCCUAGGUUUUCCACAUUAGCUAAUCUGUACCCCUGAAUGAGUUGUAUGUUCUAAACUCUGACCACUGCAUGCCAGUGGGGCAAUUCAUAAGAUCAUGGCAGAGACCAGCCGGAACUAUACUGAUUUUGAUUCUUAGGGGAUGAAUUCUGGGUAACAGGUGUUUAAAUUAUGUCAAAAGCAUAACCCAGAGGCACAUAAGCCCAUAUUUGUAAUGCCGUUGAGUAUGUGAAUGACACUGAAACCUAGAAACACAUACAGCUGAAUUUUGCAGCUUGCAAUGUACAUACUAUUUCAUCAAAACAGAUUGUAAUAAUGCCUCUUAAAUUUACUGUACUAAUAAUUUGAUAUGAGGUGUCUCAAGCUCAGUACGGUGAUACCAAGUACUGUUAUCCUGGCAAGCCUAUGCAGUUUAAAAUUUUCUUGAGUAGCCAGUCAUUUUAAUGAUUAUUCUGUAUUACUUUCAAAGUUUGUUUUAAUGUUGCUGUACACCACCCUGAAGGCUGUAUGUAAUAUAAAGGCUGUAUGUAAUAUAAAAAAUAAAUUUGUUUAAAAUUA